AUGGCCAGCACUUAAUUAAUAUUCACAAAUUUAAUUUGUGUCAAGUUUGAACAAUACUCAGCUAUGGUAGGAAAACGUCAGCUUCAAUAUCGAUCGCAUCCUAUUUUGAUCCUCAUUUCUAUACUCUAAUGUUCUUACCAUUUGACUUUCUUGUCCCAAUUGCUUCUUCUGAGAAACCACCUUCCCUUUUUUAUGUGCUGAUUAGGGUUUAGUUCAGAUCACUUCUGCCUGUGUCGUCGUCUUCGUCGAGCUAGGUUUUCUUCUCUUAAUUAAUUAAUUUUUUGAUUUAGUAUCUCAUCCAAUUCCAAUUCCAAUCCAUCGAUGGAGAAGCUGCAAGCAGCAGGUCAGAAGUCGUCGAAGAGCAUCAAGAUCUUCAAGUAUCUUCCAAAGGCAGCUCAGGCGGCGGUUUCUUUCCAGAACCCUCCUCCUUUCAGCCCGGGCCUGCCGGAGAAGCGCUACGACGGCAAACUGAAAACCCCCACCGGGAAGGCCUUCUCAGGCCCGAUCAUCUCCAUGAUUCCGGCGGAGGCGCGUGGGAGGAUGAAGAACUUCGACACGGCGGAGCCGACGUCGCCGAAAGUGUCGUGCAUCGGACAGGUCAGGCAUAAGAAAGCAGUUUACUGCAAGAAACAAGUUUCCAUGCCCAAAGAAUUGUUCAUGCCCGACAGGGUCGUUGUUUCCGGCUCCAGGCCCGAGCCCGAUAAUACCAAGAAAAAGCCGUCCGGGAUGAAGAGGAUUUUCGGGUCCCGGAGGAAACACGACGGCGGGGGAGCGCCGCCGCCAUGCCUCGCCGAGAUGAGGAGGUUUGCCAGUAGCCGUGAUGCGCUGGCGGAUUUUGAUUGGACCAGCGGGGAUUUGAUUGCCACGCCGGAUACACGUGGCUCGUGCUCCGAUGAAGAUGACUACGGAGGCGAUUCUAAAAACGACGUCGUCAUACCCUUCUCGGCUUCGGCUCCGAUUCUCGUCGCUGUUAGCGGCUUGGCUUCCGAGCCGAGGAAGGAGAUUAAUUUGUGGAAAAGGAGAGCCAUGGCGGCUCAGCCGAAGCCACUUCAGCUUAACUUGGUUAGAGCCUAAUAGUAGUAAAUUAGUAACACCAAUUAAAUUAUCAUUUUUUAAAUUACAUCAUAAUUGCAUUCAUGUAUGAAAGAUCAAUUGAUUAAUUUAAAUCUCACACAAAAAAGAUGUCUACAUAUACAUAUAUAAUAAAUUUUGUAUAAUUACGUUUGUUAAUAAUAAUAAUUAAAAUUAAUAAGUAA